AUGUUGGCUUAUUUUCGCAAGCCAGUGGGUACGCCAACCGCAUCAAUCGCAACCGAAGAGAUUCCUACAACACUUUCAACAUGUCAUUAUCAUACUGACUGUAGUGACCACGUCUGCCCCUCUCAUAAACAUCCUUACUGCAAUAUUGAUAAACAUUCUUCAACAUGUCAAUGCACAGAAACAACGACAAGAACAACGUCAGUAACAACAAUAAGCUUAACGACAGCAGCAGCAGCAACAACAACAGAUGGUUUUCAGUGUCCCACAUGCGAUGAAGAAUUAAACUGUGUAUGGAACCAGACAUGUUAUCCGGAAGAGAUUUGUAUGAUACGACAAUAUCCAGGAACUAAGUUUACCACGCAUUGUAUAAGAAAAGAAGACUGCAGUUUCAUGAAGAAUGUUCUAUCGGAUGCGGAAAUCUUCUGUUGUAGUGACAGAGAUUGCUUAAGAAGUUACCUAGGAAUAAAUUAGACUGACUUCAUUUCGAUAUUAC